GCAACUUUAGCAUAUAAACUAUGGUUUCGUAGUAUUAAAACAAAAAUAUUACGAAUUACACUUUAUAAAAUCAUAAUUAACUUUUCAUUUUAUAAAAACGGAUGAUGUUUGACAAACUGUCCUGUUUAUUAUGCUUGGAAAAAAACAAUGUUACAAACGGUCAAAUAAAUAUUGAUUCUGAUGAUCCGCAAUCAGUAAAAGCUCGCGCGAUGGUUGAACAACAUUUCAAGGAAGAGCUCAGCAUGAAGCCGUACCUUACAAACAAAGUGUUAUGUCAACAAUGCUGGGAACUGUUACUAUCAUUUCAUGAAUUCUACGUGCGCGUACAAAACGCUCACUUGACGGCAACUAACACACUAAAGUCCUUGCAAGAGUUAGAGAUAGCGGUUACUGAAAUAAAAAUGGAACCUGAUGCAUUAGACGAGCUGGCUUCGCCCCCAAAACGUCGUCGCGGACGACCACGGCGAGAAAAGCCAAACGAACAUCUUUUGGAAUCACAGCCGUCAAUUGUUUUAAAAGAGUGCAGUGUUCGGAUUGAACCACUAACUUUUCCUUAUAACAGUAACAUUAACAAAACACAAGAUAAAAGCUUGGAGUUUUUGGAAGUUAAGAGUGAAAUAAUACCUGAUGAAAACGAAUCUAUUGAUCCAAUUUAUUCACCACAAAUGUCUAAUAAUGAGAGCGAAUCAGGAAUUACGGCAGUGCCUACCAGUACUGGAAAGAACUUAGAAGCCGGUGCGCCACAAAAACAGAAAACAGUCCGUACCAAGAAGAGGCAAAAACGAAAGCGUACAGAGAAAAAUAGUAAGGCAUUAAAUACAGGAAUUAAAAAUGUAUUAAACACACAACGAAAUAAAACAUCGGAUUAUGAUGAGUUUAUUGCAAAAAAUUUUAAACUAACAUGCGCUCUUUGCGAAACCCCACUACAAAACUUUAGAGAACUUAAAAUACAUUUUCGAGAAGAGCAUCAGACUAAUGGAUAUGUGAAAUGUUGUGGUAAAAAACUAAUUAGACGUGGCGUACUAGUAGAUCAUAUAAAAUUUCAUACCAACCCAGAAUACUUCAAAUGCGAACAUUGUGAAAAACUGUUUGCCGAUGGUCGUGGCCUUGAGGCGCAUCUUCAAUUUUCACACGGUUCUAGAGAGCGUAUUUAUCGCUGUGAUAUUUGUUCCAAAGGAUUCUUUCGUCGUGAAUUACUCACUCGGCACUACGUUAUACACGCACCUGAAGAACAGAAGAAUAUCAAAUGCCCUCAGUGUGAGAAGACGUUCUGUUAUAAAUACAAUAUGCUACAGCAUUUAAAAAUAGUUCAUCUACAUUCGUAUUCGAAAAUAUGUGACAUUUGUGGAAAAUCCUUCCAUGGAGGUGAAGCAUUCCGCCGGCAUCAGCAGGAGCACGCUGGUAUACCAAGAUUACCGAUUAAGUGUGAAUUAUGUAAUGCUGAAUUGACGACAAAGUAUGGUUUAGCACGGCAUAUGAAAGUAAUGCACACGGAGGAAUAUCAAACACCUCAAGUUUGCCCUGUAUGCUCCAAAAUAUCACCGUCUCUCCGCGCGCACCAUACCCAUUUUAAAUUUAUGCAUGCCACAGAAAAAAAACACACCUGCAAAAUGUGUGACAAAGCUUUUAAACGACCCAAAGACUUACGAGAACAUAUGACAACUCAUACCGGAGAAGUUCUAUAUACGUGCACAUUUUGUCCACAAACAUUCAAUUCGAAUGCGAAUAUGUAUGCACAUCGAAAGCGAAAACAUCCUAAAGAAUGGGCUGAAAAAUGUGCAAAGCGAAAUACUUCUAUAGGGAUGGGACAACAGAUACAAAAGGACUUAGAAUCCAUAAUUGAAUCAGUAAAAAAUGCGGAUGAAACAUUAAGAAGUACCAUAUUAGGAAAUAAUAUUUACAGAAUGCCUUUUGAUCAGUGUUGUCUGUUAUGUUUAGAAAAAGUCAGUCCAACUGACAACAGCAUAAAUAUCAAUAGCGAUGACUCGGAAUCGGUAAAUGUGCGGAAUAUAAUUGAACAACAUUUCAAGGAAGAGAUCUUCACCAUGGCAACAUUUUCAAGUCAAAUUGUAUGUAAACAAUGUUGGGAAUUGUUGAAGUCAUUUCAUGAAUUUUAUAUCCAAGUAACACAAGCCCAUCUGCAAGCGCAUAACAAACUCAAGGCUUUGCAAGAGUUGGAAAUAUCGGUUACAGACAUUAAAGUCGAACCGGAUGCUGAAGACAAACUGGCUUUGCAAGAGUUGGAGGUAAUAGCGGUUACAGACAUUAAAGUGGAACCGGAUAUUGUUGACACAUUGGCUUCAUCACCAGUCGGUGAAGAAAAAGAUUCCGAUUACUCGGAUGGUGAAAACAGUAGGUCAAUGAGCUCAACUUCUGUAAACUCUGAAAGUCAAGAAGAUGACGAGGAAGAGAAAAGAAGGAAAACAAAAACAAAACGAGCCCCUAAACCCCGAAAUAAGAAACGACACAAAACUUUGGACCAUGAUCAAUUUAUUGCACAAAAUUUUAAAUUGAUCUGCUGUUUAUGUGAAAAAUCUUUGAAAGAUUUUCGAGAAUUGAAAAUGCAUUAUCGCCAAGAACAUCAAACAAAUGGCUAUGCUAAGUGUUGUAAUAAAAAGUUGUACAAUCGAGGCGUUCUCGUUGAUCAUAUUCACUUUCAUAUUAAUCCAGAAUACUUCAAGUGUAAGUUCUGUGAAAAAGUAUUAUGCGAUCGAAGUAAUCUCGAAUCACAUUUACAACAUUUUCAUGACUCCAAAGAACGUACUAUAUACAAAUGUGAAAUAUGUGGCAAAAGUUUUUAUCGUCGCAAAGUUCUUGCACGGCAUUGCCUAAUCCACGCACCUGAAGAACAAAGAAAUGUGAAAUGCACACAGUGUGAAAAAACAUUCUGCAAUCAGUACCUUAUGAAACAACAUCUAAAUCUGAGCCAUCUCAAUCUAUAUGCAAAAAUUUGUGACAUAUGUGGCAAAUCACUGAACGGCAGCGAAGCUUUUCAACGGCAUCAGGAUGAACAUGCUGGUGUGCAACGAACAAGGGAGAAGUGUAAAAUAUGCAAUAUGGAGCUAAAGACGAAAUAUGGUCUGGCGAGACAUAUGAAAACAAGGCAUACCGAACCGUUUCAAACACCGCAGAUCUGUCCAGUCUGCUCUAAAGUAUCUCCCACUCUACGGGCGCAUAAAAGCCACAUGGAGUAUAUGCACAGCGGUAAAAAACACGUUUGCGCUGUUUGCGACAAAACAUUUAAACUGCCGAAAUGUUUAAGGGAACAUAUGGCUACACACACCGGGGAAAAAUUAUAUACGUGCACAUUUUGUCCACAAACAUUCAAUUCGGAUGCGAAUAUGUAUGCGCAUCGAAAGCGAAAACAUCCCAAAGAAUGGGCUGAAAAAUGUGCAAAGCGAAGUACUUCUACAGGAAUGGGACAACAGAUAACAAAUGAUUUAGAAUCCAUAAACGAAUCAGUGAAAGAUGCGGAUGAAACAAAUUAAAUGGAGAAGCUCAUCAUCAUUAAUAAUCAUUAAAUUUUGAAUGUAUUUUUUAAUAAUGUGUAUAAAAAUAUACAAAUUCUAUAAAAAGUA